GAAACCGUUUACAUCGUUCGCACUUCCGGGUGUUGCCUGCUAUGAAUCACGCGCAUUAUCGUCGCUGCAGCACCUUCGGCAUUCCCGGAUACUCACCAGUCGGUGAUCACCAGCAGCAUCAGGUUUAGAUGUCUUUUAGAUAUCUAGUAGCAACACACCGCUGGAAUCAAGACGGUCGAGGAAAAAGCGCUGCUGAAACGCACAACUCUGAAGACAUAUUUUUUAUCAUUACACCCACGUCUCUCUACUGUUGCUUUUUUUCCCCCCCUUCACAUUUUAAAUGAAUCUUGUAAGAUUUAUGAAUAACAGAGUUCCAUCCAAUAAGAGGUAUCAACCCACAGACUAUGAACAUGCUGCAAACUGUGCUACACACGCGCUGUGGGUAAUCCCCAGCCUAUUGGGCAGCUCUGUGCUGCACUUCCUGUCUGAGGACCAAUGGGAGCGCGUCUCAGCCUGGCUCUAUGGGGCGGGGCUCACCUCCCUCUUCCUCAUCUCGACUCUGUUCCACACGGUGACCUGGAAGAAAAGCCACCUACGGUCUGUGGAGCACUGUUUCCACAUGUGUGACAGAAUGGUGAUCUAUUUCUUCAUAGCAGCCUCCUACGCCCCCUGGUUGAACCUGCGGGAGCUGGGACCCUGGACCUGUCACAUGAGGUGGUUGGUCUGGGUGAUGGCCUCUGUCGGAACCACAUACGUCUUCUUCUUCCACGAGAGGUAUAAGUUGAUGGAACUGAUCUGUUAUACAGUGAUGGGAGUGUUCCCAGCCUUGGUCAUCCUGUCAAUGCCGGACCGUGAGGGGCUGUGUGAGUUGUUAGUGGGCGGUGCCUGUUACUGUCUGGGCAUGGUGUUCUUCAAGAGUGAUGGCCUCGUCCCGUUCGCCCAUGCCAUCUGGCACCUGUUUGUUGCCAUGGGAGCAGGCGUCCAUUACUACGCCAUCUACUGGUACCUCUACACGCCAGCAGCCAAUCAGAUGAAGACAUCCAGAUGACACACGGAGACCGGGGGCGAGGGGUGAUGACGUCACAGGACAUUGAAGGAAGGAGUGGACUUGUGAAGAAGUGAUGUCAAGAAAGGAGGGAUGGAGAGAUGAGAAUAGAACCAUAGUAACGUGGAGAGAUGAGAAUAGAACCAUAGCAACGUGGAGAGAUGAGAAUAGAACCAUAGCAACGUGGAAGAUGAGAAUAGAACCAUAGCAACGUGGAGAGAUGAGAAUAGAACCAUAGCAACGUGGAGAGAUGAGAAUAGAACCAUAGCAACGUGGAGAGAUGAGAAUAGAACCAUAGCAACGUGGAGAGAUGAGAAUAGAACCAUAGCAAUGUGGAGAGAUGAGAA